AUGGCGAUGUGCGUCAACUCCCCCAUCCGUCGCCCGUCCCCUCCACCGCCGCCGCCGCCAGACCCCCAAAAGUCCUCCUACUACGAUCGCAACCUCCGUCAAGGACCCGCCCUGAUCAGAGCGCGCAAGCCCUACCUCGCAAAGAACCUCGCCGUCGGUGCCGGACUGUGGUGCUUCGUCGGCGCAGUGUAUUGGUACACGAUCAAGGCGGUCGGUCAAGACGAGUUUGAAGAUGUCAAGGUUCCUGACGCCCCGAGGCAGCCAGCAAAGUCCAACUAG